GCUCUGUUCUAUCCGUUAGGACACACACUCCCUCACUCUCUCUCACUCUCUCUCUCACUCUCUCAUACACAGACAGAUACACACAGUUGGAAGAGAAGGAGAAUGCUGUCAUGGGUUCCUCAGCAGUGUUCAUAUUCAAUUAUCAAAUUGCCUUCUGAUAAAGCUUCGUUGGCUUCUCUUUCUGCUUUCUCUUCUCAGCCCUUUAUUCCAAAUGGUUCUCCUAGGAAAUGGGUUGCACAAAAAAAUUACCAGGGUAUUGUGGUGAAAAGUGUGCUUGCUAAAAUCAAGAAUCCACCACCCCCAACCCCUGAAAUUCUGGUGAAGGAACCCCACAAAUACUUUGAUGAGGUGAUUAUCACUGUUCGGGCCGGAGAUGGAGGUCAUGGUGCCAUUCUCAGUCUGCCGAACCAGAAGGGUCCUUCUAAGUCACAAGGGAAAUUUGAAAAGGAGAAAACAAAGAAAAAGAGUUCUUAUAAAAGGGAUUUUGAUGGUUCACUUAUCCUACCUCUGGGUGGACAUGGUGGUGACGUCAUAAUUUAUGCUGAUGAAAGCAAGGAUACCUUGUUGGAGUUUCACAAGAAGAGCCGAUACAGUGCAAAGCGUGGCGGAAAUGUUGAUGCAAUGGGUGUUUUGUCUUCUCAAUUGCAUAAUGGAAUUGCUGCCCCAGCGUUGCGGAUUCCUGUACCCCUUGGUACUGUUGUCAAACAGAAAAGAGGAAAGCUUCUGGCUGAUUUAGCUCAUCCAGGUGAUGAAGUUGUUGUUGCAAGAGGGGGACAAGGAGGGAUUAGCUUGUUGGAAAUGCCUGAGCAUAGAAGGAAAAAGACGAUGACUUUAACGACCAAUAUAAUGAGAGAUGACAGUGAUAAGGUUUUAGUUCUUGGUCAGCCUGGGGAAGAGGUCAGUCUGCAAUUGAUACUAAGAGUUGUUGCUGAUGUUGGUCUUGUUGGGCUCCCAAAUGCCGGAAAGUCUACCCUACUGGCAGCUAUCACACUUGCAAAGCCGGAUAUAGCUGAUUAUCCAUUUACAACCUUGAUGCCAAACCUAGGACGCCUUGAUGGUGAUCCCAGUCUAGGGCCUGCCCAGUUUUCAUCUGAGGCAACACUGGCAGAUUUGCCUGGUCUCAUUGAAGGUGCUCAUCUGGGAAAGGGUCUAGGUCGUAACUUCUUAAGACAUUUGAGGAGGACUAGGUUGUUGGUGCAUGUCGUUGAUGCAGCAGCAGAGGAUCCAGUGAGUGACUACAGGACAGUGAAAGAGGAAUUGCGAAUGUACAAUCCUGAUUACCUUGAACGACCAUAUAUUGUUGUUCUGAAUAAGAUUGACAUUCCUGAGGCAAUGGAAAGACUUCCAAUUUUAACUGAAGCAAUAUGGAGGAUCGGGAGUGAUAAGCUAGACUUGCAGAUUGAUGGUACCUCUGAAACCGCUGAUUUUCCAUCAGCAAGUGGUGAGGACCAAACUGAUAGUGCUCCUGGAGAGAGAAAGGUGAAGGAAAUCGAAGAAUAUCCACGACCCCUUGCUGUUGUGGGCGUCAGUGUCCUGAAAGGUAUAAGGAUCAAUGAAAUGUUGAAGGAGAUAAGAGCAGCCUUGCGCAGUUGCCAGGACGUUAUUGGAUCACAGGAAAUUCUCGCAAAACCAUGACGAAUUAUAUCCAAGUUCAGCCAGGCUGCCACAGCCGUUCGUCACGUGCACAUGCAGUUGUCGGCCUGACAACCAAGAUUUCAAAAAGCUCAAUUUUGGUCACACCAAUGCUGCAACUCUGGCGUCUGAUCGCAACUACAAAAACCUGGAACACGGCUUCUCUGGGCCUUGGUCAAUAGGUGAUGCCAGGAAUCAGCCUUGAUGUACAGACACUAGGAAGCCGAAAUACACAGAGUGCCUUUGUUAGUAAUGAAUCAAGUGAUAUUUUCCUUGUAUUUUUGUUCUUUUUCAGUUCAUUCAGGUUGCUGUAAAAUUCCAGAAACACAAUCAUAGUCUGAAUUAGGCGAUCGUGGCAGAAUAUUUGGGAAUGAAUGAUAAAUAUCCUCUCA